AUGCCCAAAAAGCCGCAGUCCUGGUGCCGUGCCAAGCGGGGUGCUGGGGUGGCCAGUAUGCUGGGCUGGGGUCCUGGCAUCUCCAGUUACAGCUCCAGCCCUCCGGCUGCUGGGACCAGCCUGGUGCACUGCCUGAACCAGGCUCUGAGUGACGUUCCCAAGGAGAAGCAUGCAGGCACCCCUCUCUACCUGGGCGCCACGGCUGGCAUGCGCCUGCUCAACAUAGCGAACCCACAGGCUUCGGACGCCGUCCUCAGCGCCGUGACGGCCACGCUGAAGUCGUACCCCUUCAGUUUCCGAGGGGCAAAGAUCCUGUCAGGGGAAGAGGAAGGGGUCUUCGGAUGGGUCACUGCAAACUACCUCCUGGAGAACUUCAUCAAGCGCGGGUGGCUUGGGGAAUGGAUCCAGCCCCAGAAGAAGACCCUGGGGGCCAUGGACUUUGGAGGCGCUUCCACACAGAUCACCUUUGAAACCAAGGACACCAUCGAAGACCCCAGAAACGAGGUGAUGCUGAAGCUGUAUGGCCAGGCAUACAAAGUGUACACCCACAGCUUCUUAUGCUACGGAAGGGACCAGGUCCUCAAGAGGCUGCUCUCAAAGCUCCUCCAGGCUGAGAGCUACCGAGCAACCGUCCCCCAUCCCUGCUGGCCCACGGGCUACCGCAAGAGCCUGUCGCUGAGCAGCGUCUAUGACAGCCCCUGCACGGAGAAGGAGAAGCCCAGCCUCGCCCUCAACACCACUGUCACCGUGGUCGGCACCGGGAACGGGAGCCUCUGCACUCUGCACGUCAGCAAGCUCUUCAACUUCAGCACCUGCUCCUUCUCCCGCUGCUCCUUCGACGGCAUUUUCCAGCCGGAGGUUUCGGGAAACUUCAUUGCCUUCUCCGCCUUCUUCUACACGGUGGACUUUAUCCAGACCGUGAUGGGGAGACCCGUGCGCUUGCCCAGUGACCUGAAGGAUGCUGCUGAGACCAUCUGUGCCACCAGCUGGAGCGAGCUGCUCCAGAAAGCCCCUAACCUGGAGAAGAGACUGUCGGAUUACUGCGCUGUCAGCAUGUUUGUUUAUUUGCUCACCAUCAAAGGCUACAGGUUCAACAACCAUUCCUUCCCCAACAUCGCCUUCCAGAAGAAGGCAGGAGAAACCUCCAUUGGCUGGGCCCUGGGCUACAUGCUGAACCUCACCAACAUGAUCCCGGCAGAGAAGCCCUCGUCCCACAAGAGCAUGCUGUACAACUACUGGGUCAUCCUCAUCCUGCUCUUUGUGGUCACCACCCUGACGUCUCUGGUGACUGCCGUCUGCCUGCUCCGGCGCAGCAAGUCCCUCGCAAUCUAA